UAUUGCCGGGGCAGAAAAGUGCCCCGGAUCCUUUCAGGACUCUGGGUCUUUUGGGCGUGACACAAAGAGGUGAGGGAAGAGGGAAGAAAGUCCCCUGGAUCCCUGCAGGAUUAAUUUAUUUGAAAAGGAAAUAAUAAAAAAUAGUCAACAUGCAAAAAUCUUGUGAAGAAGGUGAAGGAAAACCACAGAACAUGCCAAAGGUAGAGGAAGACUGCCCUUUGGAAAAUGUACCACAAGAGGCAGAAGGAAGCCUUCAGCCUUCCGAAGAAGGUGUAAACCAGGAACCAGAAGGAAAUCUUAGAGCAGGUCCAACUCAGCCCAGCCAGGGAUUAAAAGAGGACACUCCCAUUAGGUAUUUGGACUCUGAAGAAAUGACCAGAGCAGUAGAGGAGUUGGAAAGGCUUAGGGAAGAGAUAAGAAGAGUAAGAAACAAGUUCACGAUGAGGCAUUGGAAGCAAAGACAUUCACGCAGCCAUCCUUAUCCAGUGUGCUUUAGGCCUUGAGUUCUUUUCUGUCUGAUACUAAAAUCUGGCCCCUGCUUUCUUUCUGUUAGUGUUUUCUGAUGUAUCUUUGACCUUAAUUUUACUUUUAAUCAUCCGAUGGAAUUUUGCUUUAGGUAGUUUUCUUGUUACCAGCAACUUACUGAAUUUUGGAUUUUGGCCCAUUUUCCAGGUCUGUUUUUUCAAUUGGGAAGUUUUUCACAUAUGCGUGGAAAUAUAUUCAUUCAAUAAUGUAAGGUAAA